UGACUAUCCUCUGAAGACCUGUGUACUCGCGAUCGUAUUACCAGAUUAUUGCGACAUUUCGUGUGACAAUUUGAUUCAGUGUAUCGUGAUAUAAUAAAGUGACGAGUGUAUGCUGUAGAACGGAUACAAAAAGAAUGGACAGGCUGUUAAAAGAGAUGAAUGUGGAGUGGCGAUGACAAGCCUGAUCUUGGAAAACGCAGACUUGAACCGACUUUUCCCGAAAUGUCGGCCUAGGGGUGGCCCACCCCCGAGUCCGGGGGCCUCCACGCAGAUUAGUCAGCCGCAUGAAAGCCUCUGUCAGAAGGAGGCCGCCUCUGUUACCACCAGCCUUACGAGUACAUUCGCGACUACGUUCGCAAACACUCUCACAACCACCCGUGCAAUCGCCUCCAAGAACACACAUUCGAAUCAUUCACGUGAGAUACCCGAAGACAUGAUCGACCUCGAGCGCGACAUCUCCGAUAGGACAACAAGUAUGGUGUCCGGUUUCGCAGGGGAGAGUCAACUGUCUGUUGGUAUCAGUGGUGGUAAUGGUGGUGUUAGUAGUCCACUUGGAACAUUCGGUUCACUUGGCACACUUAAUACGAAACCACUUUCCUCGAGUUCCUCAUCUGCCUCUGGGCGUAGCGAAGACGUACCACAGUAUGGUAGCCUUCCAGGUAGCGAUCAUCAGGGUCACUCGCAACAAGAUGAUAGCGGUCCCGAAGAAAGCCCUGUAUACAUUUUAACAUCUGCUAAGGGUGACCGCAGUUAUAAAUUAAGAGAUUCCAGAAUUAUAGAAAUUGCUGGCGGACGGGAAGUUUUUUCUCAAAGUAGGGGUAAAGUAGCGGCUAGAAAAUCACGCUUUCUUGCCGCAUCAAAUUCCUUAAAUAACGAAGAUAUUCAAACGGAUAACAAGCAAUCAAUUAAAAGAAAUAAUAAAUCUCCAAAUACACAAACUAUAUGGGAAUUAAGAAGUCGAUGUGGUGAUAUAAGAAAGCAGCGUUCUAAUAGGGAAGUAACAGAAACUGUAUUUGCUUCGGAAAUACAUUCGGUGCGGCAUAAUCCAACAAAAUCUAUCCUCGAUUAUGAUUCUCCAAAGAGCAAUCACAGUAAUCGUAUUAUUAAUUAUGACUCAAUUUUGAAUAGCAAUAAUGUAGAAUACAGUAUACCAAAAAAUAUUAUGGAUCUCGAUUAUGGAUUAUCGAAGGGUUGUAUAGAUUAUCAGUCGAAUCAUACAACACCGGCAAGAAGUAUGGCUAUCGUCAGUGAUGGUGAAGUUGUUGUGUUCGAUGACAUUGAUGAUAACUGGCAAAAUUUAAGACUAGAUUUAACUUCUAAUAAUACCAAUCAAGUUACGUCUACUAAUUUAAAUCUUGAAUCCGAAGAGUCCCAAAGAGGUCGUAUCCCUCCGGAACCGCCAAGUUCUAGCAUUGGAAGUACUCCGAGUCCAACAACAGCAUAUCGUAAUACUUCAGAAUUUUUUAAGGUAAUUACGCCAGCUAGUGAUUGCGAAGUAGAUUCACCAUCCUCAGAACGCAAUCACAAAGUGGCAAGAGUGAUCGGUGAAUUACCAAUAGCACAGUAUUCUGAAAGUCCAAGACGUUAUGGAGUACGUGACACUCAGCUUCCUUGCCUUCUAUCGUCACCAUCCGUAUACAUGACACCGAGACCUGGAUUCCCACAAAGAGUAUUGCCAACGACACCAAGUCACAACGAGAAGGAGGACACUUCUGCGGAAAUCAUCGUAGACAAGGCUGUGGUAGAAACAAAUAUUAAUUACUCUGAUGAUCAAGCUGCAAAUGAAUCUCCUGCAUCUCCAAAAAUCGAAGAUGAAGAAGAGGAUUCUUUAAAACCAUCAACAUUGCCCACUGACAAUAUAAGUAAUCUCGUAUCAUCCGGUGGCAGUACAUUCGAUUAUUUGUACGAAUUCUCGGAAACGCGAAAAGUACUCGAAGAAUUUUUUAAGUGUCCACCGCCAACAAAAGAAAAAGAAAACAUCGCUGAAUCUUUUCCAUUUCAGGAUCUUGAUUACGAAUUGCGAAGGCAAGGAGGAAAUGCAUAUGUUGGCCAACGAUUGGCUAGCGGUUUACCAACAACAGAGGAGGUUUUAGUACACGAAUCUCCCAAGAAACAUAGAACUGAUUUUCCACAAAAUUCUGGUGAACACGAAAACAAUUUCUUGGACCUUUCGGUUGGCACUGGUAGCAGCGAAGAUCUUGGAGAAACAGAGGUCGGGUUACAAGUCGGGCAUUCUCGUAAUUUUACUUUAAGCCCCGAAACGACUGACUGCGACAGUAACUGCGGAGACCUCGACAGUGAAGUAUCUUUAAUGAUGAUGGACAAUGAAUUAAUACCGGCCAGCGGGCUACUCGGAUCGGUCGGCGACUUGGGAAACAAUUCCGACUCUUUAAGAAUAUACACCAGUAUGCCAGUCCUCGAAGAUGGUCUGUCCAGCGGCCAUGCCAGCGAUACCGAUAACAAUAAUCCAACUGUGAUGCUGAUGAAACGACAAAUCAACGAGAUCGAGAAGGAGAUUAUUCAGAGAAGUCGUGUCAACGAAACUAGUUAUCCUACUGCAACGGAGAGCGAUCAAGUCGGGAAAGAGGUUUCCGGUUUGACAGUCGGCAAAGAUAUCUUGCACUCUUUGAAAAGUUCAUCGCCUGAUCUGUUCAUUCCCAAAAAGGAGAACUCGUACGACACGAAUGAGUUACAGCUUGAUGGUUUGGAUCCUCUUGGCACACCACCGCCACCAGCACCACAAGCUAGGCAAAUUGUUAAUUUAGAAGUAGGCGGGGAAGUGGAGGCUGCUAUCAAAGAUAUUAGAAUGGCUUUGCAAAGGACUAAGACAUUACCUGUUAAAUCUUCUACGGAGGAACCUCUUGAAUCCAACGUCAGUCCAAUUUGGAUACCAAGUAUAUCGGACGGCAGACGGAGAAUUUGUGUAGAAAACAACAGCGAGGAAUCGGAAGUUAGACAUACGUGCGAAGACCUGGAUGUCGAAGUGGGGGAAGGCCCGGACGAAGAGGAGGCGGACACCGAUCUGGAGACCGAUCGAUUGCUUGGCCAACAAAGAACAGACGAUCAGGGUUUUUACGACGACAAAGGGUGGAGGAAGCCUAAGACUAGGACAAUGUUACCACCGAUGAGUGGAAAACUGUCAACUCCUAAGCAAACUCCCCCGAAAAGCCUGAGUGUUGCUCCGGUAGAAAGCCCGCUAGUACCUUCAGAGCCAUUAGCUUCUACCUCCGCCUGUGUUUCCACUUCCGCUUCUGCCUCUAUCUCGCCACCUCCGGUAGUUUCCGUUAUUAAAUCACCGCCGUCCGACCGUGAUGUUACCACUCCUACGCAACCCUCGUCGAGUCCGCAGAAGACUCCAGCAAAAAAUUCUCCCUCGUCCCCUCAGAGUCUCAAGGAAUCGAGCAACAAGGUGAAAAAGGACAAAGAAGAAAAGAAGAAGAGCAGAAACAAAGAAGCUCUCCUCGACGAUCCUUCAGUUUUAAUCGAGGGGGUGUUGUUCAGAGCAAGAUAUCUCGGAUCAACUCAGCUCGUCUGCGAAGGGGAGCCCACGAAAUCUACGCGCAUGUGCCAGGCCGAGGAAGCUGUAUCUAGGAUAAAGGCAUUGGCACCGGAUGGGGAAACACAACCGAGCACAGAAGUUGACCUCUUCAUCUCGACAGAGAAAAUCAUGGUUCUGAAUACGGACCUGAAGGAGAUUAUGAUGGAUCACGCAUUAAGAACAAUAUCUUAUAUAGCAGAUAUUGGUGACGUAGUGGUGCUAAUGGCACGAAGACGAUUUGUGCCGCACGAAAUGGAGGAAGCACCGAAGAUCAACAGAACCCCAAAGAUGAUUUGCCACGUGUUCGAAAGCGAAGAGGCUCGAUUCAUUGCACAAAGCAUCGGGCAAGCGUUUCAAGUAGCAUACAUGGAGUUCCUCAAGGCAAAUGGAAUAGAAGAUCAUAGUUUUGUAAAGCAAAUGGAUUAUCAAGAGGUGCUCAAUUCUCAAGAGAUAUUUGGCGACGAGCUACAAAUGUUUGCCAAAAAGGAAAUGCAGAAAGAGGUAGUGGUACCAAAGGCGAAGGGGGAAAUUUUGGGCGUGGUAAUCGUCGAGUCUGGAUGGGGUUCUAUGCUGCCAACGGUUGUAAUCGCUAAUUUGGCACCGGCUGGCGCCGCUGCUCGAUGUGGACAGUUAAACAUCGGUGAUCAGAUAAUAGCAAUCAAUGGUGUCUCGUUAGUCGGAUUGCCUCUCUCAACUUGUCAAACCUACAUCAAGAAUUCGAAAAACCAGACGGUCGUCAAGUUAACUGUUGUUCCGUGUGCGCCAGUCGUCGAGGUCAAAAUCAAACGACCUGACACUAAGUAUCAAUUAGGAUUUAGUGUACAGAACGGAGUUAUAUGUAGUCUAUUGAGAGGCGGGAUUGCCGAAAGAGGAGGCGUUCGAGUGGGCCAUAGGAUUAUCGAGAUCAACAAUCAAAGUGUUGUAGCUGUGCCGCACGAGAAAAUCGUCAACCUUCUUGCGACGUCCGUUGGUGAGAUAUUAAUGAAGACGAUGCCCACGUCGAUGUUUAGGCUGUUAACUGGCCAGGAGUCUCCAGUGUACAUAUAAGCGUUUGGUUACCUGGCUGAUAUGCGUAGUGAACAGACAAUACAUUCGCCAUCCACUACCAAACUAUUCACUACUUUACCCUCUGUACAGACUUAUUCGACGCAAAUUGCUUUCUGUUUCGAUUCUUGUGGAACUCUAUUCGUAUACUCCCACCAGCUCCUGUUUAGCAAAGCAACAAAAGUUAACGUAAACACGUUGCGAAAAACAUUAAUAUAUUGAAUAUUUACAUAAAGCAAAAAAAUAUAUAUAUAUAUACACAUAUAUACAUAUUAUUAUAUAUAAAUGUACAUAUACAGGGUGUUUCGCAACAUGCCAGACCCACUUCGGGAGCUGAUUCUACGUCCAAGAACAAUGGAAAAAGUCAUACAAUCACGUGUCCUGUUUGUUUCUGUUUACGAGGUAUAAUGAAUUUUAAUUGCUGUUUUUGCAAAAUUCUCCGCACCACAUUUUCCAUUCUUGCUAUUCUUCGAGCACUGUCUUCACUAUUCUUUUCAACAUGAUUGAGGACUCGCUCGCCAAGUCUAGCCGACUGGUAAAAUAUUCCAAGUAUUAACGUGUUGCUUCACUUGCAUUACACAUAGCAAGCUUAUACAUAUAUCAAGGGCAUAUUUGUCACUUCUAAAUUAGAAUAACACAUAAUUUUCACUUCAAAUACGAUCUUAUAAGCCAUGCGUUACAAUUAUUAGUAAAAAACUCAACUGACUUGGAGAGUACAGGUUACCCUCCUGUAACACGGUAGAUAGGUUCUUAGAAAAUACCGUGUUAUAUGAGACCCGAAGCCAGUACAAAAAGGAGGUUAAAAACAAAUAUUUUUUUUUAAUUCUACAUAAGCAACUUAAUUUUUAUGAAGAAUAUUAAUGUAUGUAUAGGUUAGAAUAUGCACUCGGUAUUUAUGGAUGAUACGGGAUUCAGACACGUUUUUUCGGUUAUCAAUUUAUCACAAUGAAUUUUUUAAUAUAUACAGUUUGUAACAGUGGUGCCAAAAUUGACACUCUUACAAGUGGUACCAACAUUGUAUUCCAAUAUAACGAUAUACAAGUGGUACCAACAUUGUAUUCCAAUAUAACACUAUGCAAGUGUACCAACAUUGUAUUCCAAUAUAACUAUACAAGUGGUACCAACAUUGUAUUCCAAUAUAACGAUAUACAAGUGGUACCAACAUUGUAUUCCAACAUAACAACAGUAUAACGCAAAACAAAACACGACAAAAGAUCAUUUUAAUUAAACACAAUCUUAAUUUAAUAAAUUAUAAUUUUUUUUUAUAUAUUUUCAUGUAAAGCCACUAUAGUUCAUUAUUUUGAAGGAAUUUAGUUUUUAAAUGUAAAAAUCAUAUUAUCCAGUGUUGUACAAAGGUUUUCGCAAUAUUCUUAUUGUGUUAAAGUGAAACCGUGUUGUAGGAGGGUUUUCGCAAUUUAUGAAUCGUGUUUAGUGAAACCGUGUUGUAGGAGGGCUACCUGUAUCGUGAAAUUUACCGAUUCUUCAAAUAGUCAUAUUUCUUACUUGGAAAUUAUUGCGGUUUAUGGAAGUUUGACAAGCAAUUUGUUUUAUUUAUAAAAUUCAUUAUAAUUCAUAAACGUAAACAGAUAAGACACACGUUGAUACGAUUUCUUUAUUGUUUUCAGGUGAUCAGCUUCCGAAAUGAGUCUCACAUGUUACAAAACACCCUGUAUACACGUAUAUAUAUGUAUGUAUAUAUAUAUAUGUACAUAUAUAUACAUAUAUAUAUACACACAUAUAAUAUAUAC